AUGGACAAUAACGAGGAAGUACCGUCCUCCCUCAAAUCAAGCUCCGUGCAGAUCCCAAGCUCGAUUCCUCGUUCCUUUCGCUCCUCUUCUCCCAGAGCAGAAGCAGCUAGUCGAGAAACAUCGUUAGCCAGGUUGGCUUCACCACUACCAGCAAACUCGUUUACGGGAACGCCUUCGUCUGUAAGAUCGGGAAAAAGGAUAGCCACCCCGGUCGCACAAAAUGAGAGUCUUGCGACGAUAAAUGAUAAAGCUUCGCUCCCGGGUCCGGGUCCCUCAGCUCUGGCCUCUGCUCUUCAGGAUUCGACUGCCACGCUUCCUGCUAUUGGACCUGUUGGCACGCCUCCGAGACAUUCACCGCUGCGAGACCUUCGUGAAUAUCCGUCCUCAGACAGGCUUKUGCGCUCAAACUAUGGGUCAUUCGACCCCAAGUCGACCGAAUCUGUAGCCGAAAGCGUACGCGGGGCCGAAGACCCGGAAGUUGUAAAGAGACAUCUGGUACUCCCUCCAGACCUCGAUCAUACUCGGGUAUCGCAGUCGUCGAGCGAUGCGGCAGGCGCUUUUGAUGACGACGAAUUCUCGAGCUUGCGAUUACAAGGUGGCGAUGUGACAAGACAGGUAUAUCGCUGGACGGAGGACGCUGAAGCUCAAGCUUCUGGGUUGAGGAGGCCGACGAGAAGCCGCAGUUUUACGGUUCAAAGACCCGAACCGGAGAGCGAGACCAUGAAUAUAAACUCCAUUCGAGUUCCUGGAGGUUUUAGAAGAGAUUAUAUACGGAGAACUUUGGGUAGCCCUGGUCCUCAUGGGUCAGAAGACGGCGUAUAUCCAGUGUCGAACCAGCCGCGGUUUUUGACAAGCAACUUUCUCGAAUUUUUGACCUUGUACGGACAUUUUGCUGGCGAAGAGCUUGAGGAAGACGACGAAGUACUGGGACCGGGUGAAUACUUUUCAUCCGAUGUAUGGGAGGAGGGAGAUGAAGUACAACCCGGAGAAGACACGUCUUUGCUACGCCCUGAGACACCUGGAAUGAAAAGACGCAAACACAAGGAGCGUGCUCCUAAAGGCAACAACACAUCUAUGGGUGCUGCGCUACUUUUGCUCAAAUCAUUCGUCGGUACUGGGGUUCUCUUCCUUCCCCGUGCUUUCCUCAAUGGAGGAAUGCUAUUCAGCUCUGUUGUUCUUUUGGUUGUUUCACUGGUCAGCUUCUACUGUUUCAUACUGCUGGUCAACUCGCGACUCAAGAUUGAGGGAUCUUUCGGUGACAUUGGCGGUGUCUUGUACGGAAAAUGGAUGCGACGAAUCAUUCUUGCAUCCAUUGUUCUCAGCCAGUUGGGUUUCGUUUCGGCAUACAUCGUCUUUACGUCUCAAAAUUUGCAAGCUUUUAUUCUCGCUGUCAGCAAAUGCUUGACGUACAUUGACAUCAAGUACAUGGUUCUUAUGCAACUGAUUAUUUUCCUUCCGCUAUCAUUGAUCCGCGAUAUCAGCAAGCUAGGCUUUACUGCCCUCGUUGCUGACGUAUUCAUUAUGCUGGGGUUGAUCUACCUCUAUUAUUACGAUAUCUCUACCAUUGUUGACCAGAAGGGGGUAUCCGAUAUCAAGGCUUUCAACCCAAACUCAUGGACUCUUUUCAUUGGUACGGCGAUUUUCACAUACGAAGGUGUUGGCCUCAUCAUUCCCAUUCAAGAGUCAAUGAAGCAGCCCAAAAAGUUUCCAGGAGUCUUGGCUACAGUCAUGAUUAUCAUUACCGUCGUUUUCUUAUCAGCUGGUGCCGUUAGCUAUGCUGCAUAUGGAUCAGCUACGAAGACCGUUGUGCUUCUUAACUUGCCGCAAGACGACAAAUUUGUCAAUGCAGUACAAUUCCUCUACUCGUUGGCAAUUCUGCUGAGUACACCGCUGCAACUCUUCCCUGCAAUCCGUAUCUGCGAAAAUGAGCUGUUUACUCGCAGCGGMAAAUACAAUCCUGGCAUCAAGUGGAAGAAGAAUUUCUUCCGCUUCAUGCUCGUCAUGUUUUGCGCGUUGGUGGCUUGGGGUGGCGCCGGCGACCUGGACAAGUUUGUUUCACUUGUCGGUAGUUUUGCUUGCGUACCCCUUGUCUAUGUCUACCCACCUCUGCUCCAUCUCAAAGCUUGCGCGACUACCAGAUUCCAGCGUGGUGCUGACAUUAGCCUGGCCGUCAUUGGCGUGAUUUGCUGCAUCUAUACCACAUCGCUGACCAUCUAUAACUGGGUUGGUGUUCCACCACCUCCAGAAGCUCCCGGGUACUGCGACGUAUGA